AUGUCGCAUCUCUCCCGACUCAUCAAGAUAGCCGCGGAAUCCAAGCGCCAGCGCGAGCGACGGAAGGCACCCAUCCCUUUAAGAGAGAGGGUUGAAACCCACAUCUCAGAAGCCCAGCAUACAACGUACGAUGUAGACGUCCGGGAAGCACUCUGCGCCGAAGCAGCCCACACCCGAGACUGCUUCUCGACCCUGCACUCCCCCCAGGCCCGCCAUUUGCACCACAAGAGGGUGAAGCGCGAGCGGGCGUCCCUCCACGACCUGUUCAACGAGGUGCGCGAGGCGACGCACCCCCACAUCGUCAAACAGGCCCACAACGCCCAGUGGCAGCUGUUCGACUGGCCCCUCGAGGACGACCCCCUCUUCGGCGCCCAAGCGAGGGCCUUUGUCCGCGGCGUGCAGGCCUGGGUCGCCACACCGUCCCUGGAGAGGACCGAGGCGCUCACGGCGAUCAAGAUCGCCACGCUCGCGGUGCAUGUGAUGGUCUUCCAGGGCCUCGAGACCGUCGCGGGCGAAUCCGUGGAGCGCGAGAAGGAGAGGGGGAAGGCCAGGGCCGAAUGGCACCAGGACGCGAAGGUGAGGCGCGUGCUGAUGAGGGAGACCCGUGGCAGGAGAAGCCGUCUGCGUCACUGUGUUUCGGCGGAUGAGGUCUAG